AGCUGGAUGAGGAAGUGUAUAAAAGAGGAAGGAAAAGUUGCUGUUUUGGUUUGAGUUGGCCACAGUUUACAGGGGAAAUUUGUCACACACGGACUGAAAGAUGGUAGAUCCUUCAAAGUAUGUUGCCAUUGAUUGUGAGAUGGUGGGACUUGGCCCCAGAGGCUCCGAGAGUGGCCUGGCACGGUGCAGCAUUGUGGAUUACAGUGGGACAGUGAUCUAUGACGAAUUUAUUAAACCAGAUGGGAAGAUAACUGAUUUCAGGACCCGUGUGAGUGGGAUUCGUCCAUUAGAUAUGGAUACAGCUGUGCCUUAUCGUAUCGCCAGGGAAGAGAUUUUGAAGAUUAUACAAGGGAAAAUUAUUGUGGGCCAUGAUCCUAGAUCGGACUUCCGGGUCCUGAAAACUGAAAUCUCAGAUUAUGCCGUACGGGACACAUCAUCGUGCAGGUUACUGAUCACCAAGGCGAAACUGAAGACUGAUAGACGUGCCUCGUUAAAGAUCCUCUGCCAGAAUUUACUGGGGAAAAGGAUACAGGACAGCUACAGAGGGCACUCCUCUGUUGAAGAUGCGAAGGCGGCUAUGGAACUUUUUAAACUUGUGGACAGAACAUGGGAACUUCAUCUCCGACAGGGACGCAAAGUGGAGAUAAUGAAUCGGUUUGAGAAUCAAUAUUAGUGAAUAAAACAGCAUUGCCAGAUUAGGAAGAGGAACUCUGAUUUUCGUAUGUCAUGAACAAGGGAUGAUAUCUGCUGUUAACUGAGUAUCACAAAACUGCACUGCAUCAUUUUAUUUUUCUCCCUCGCCUCAAUUUUCUCUUGGUUCUUUCCUGAAUUACAGUUCCACAGGUAUUAGUCUUCAAAUUCAAUUGACCAUUUGUUAUGUGUGACCCUAGACUGUGGGCGCGCUGACAGUGGAGGAGUCACAGGUGAUCCCAUCCUUGCCUCCAGUCUACAAUCCCACAUCUUCUCAGGGAGCCACUGGGUGGCGAUCAGGAGCAGGAACAUUGCCCAGUUAUUUAUCCACUUCCCACCUCAUCUGUCUUUAGCUCAGGGAUUUGUAGUCUACUAUUGUCCAGGGUGAUUUUUGCUAGCUAAACCUGGAUCAUGGUGAUGGAGAAAGGUGGGGACACCAUUGAUCCUCUGGUCUGACCAAUGCAGCGCUGCACCCGGUGCUGCAUUCACUCAUUGAGGCACAGAGAAAGCUUUAAUGCACCUGCUUCUGAAUAGACUACAAGAGAACUUAUUAGAUCUUUUCUCAAAGACAUUUGUGUGUAUGUGAAUUUUGUGGUUCUCAGGAUGGGGGGCGGGGGAGGGGCAGCAUAUCACUGCUGGAAAACAACGCAUUUAACAAUUUCAGGAAGCUUCUGUCAGCACCAGAAACUCCCAUACCAAGAUUAACUCCAUUUAAACUCAACCUCUUCCAUUUGAAGCAUUUUGCAUUCUCCUACGCUGGAUUCUCCACCCUCAUUGUGAAACUAAUUUUGUCAAAGUCUCUGGCCAUUCUACACAAGACAGACAGCACAAAAACAGGCAAUUCAUUCCUACCAGUCCGGGUGAUGUUUAUGCUCCACUUGAGUCUCCUCUCAUCUUUCCUCAUCUAAAUCUAUCACCAUAACUCUCUAUUCCCUUCUCCCCCAUGCCCUUGUCUCUUGCCCUUAAAUGUAUCUUUUCUAUUCACUUCAACCACUUCCUGUGGUAGCAAGUUCCACAUUCUUACCACUCUUUUGGUAAAGAAGUUUCUUCUGAAUUCCCUAGUGGAUUUCUUGCUGACUAUCUUAUGUUGAUGGCCUCUAGUUAUAUUCUUCCCCACAAAAGGAACCAUUCUCUUUACAUCCACUCUGUCAAAACCUUUCAUAAUUUAAAGACGUCCAUUAGGUGACCCCCCCCAGCCUUCUUUCUCCAAAAGUAAAGACACCCAGCCCGCCAAUCCUUUCCAGGUAUGUAAACCCACACAUGGAUUCUAAUAAUUCAAUAUUCUAAACUCUACCUGUCCCACUGGAGGAAGCAUCCAGUCUGGAAAUUUGUUGUUGAAUAAAUACAAUGCUCCACCUGCUGGAGGGUACAAGUAUUCACCUAUGUACCUUGAUACUUCAAACACCUUCAAAGGGUAAUUUUAGGAUUCUGGACUGCUGGUGGGGACCAUUGCCUAGUUUGGGCAGGCUCAUAAAGUUACCUCUUUAAGCUUUGCCUCACCAGGUGGUGAAGAAGCUGCGAAAGGGCAGCUUAGAGCAAGCCCUGCUUCAUAUGAACUGGGACUGACCAGGCAGAAAGUGAGAUCAGACAAUGUCAAUUUGAAAUGAGUGAAAAGUGAAUAUAAAACAGAUCAGAAAAAGAACAUUUUUUAAAUAAAAUGAGAGUGUUUUGGAAUAACCCUGUGAUGGGAGUCAGGGUACUGGAGGGAUGAACUUCCAGGGGUCAAAUGGUCAUUUCUCACCCUUGCUUUCUGGAAAAAAAAGAGUGAUUUUGGAUGAGGUCUUUCAGGACUGUUAUUUCAUGUCUGUACUGUAGUGUGACUGCAGCUCCAGAUUAAACAGCUUCAAUAAUAUCAAUACCCCACCAAUCCUCAGCUCCAACCUUCUGGCCAGUUAUAAGAUAUAGGAGCAGGAGUUGGUCAUUUGGCCCCUUGGGUCUUCUUCGCCAUUCAACAAGAUCAUGGCUGAUGUUCUCCUUCAACUCCACCUUCCCGCACUAUCCCCAUUUCCCUUAAUUCCCUUCGUACCAAAAAAUCAAAUUGACCUCUGUCUUGAAUGUACUCAAUGACUGAGCAUUGACAGUUCUCUGGGUAGAGAAUUCCACACAUUCAUAACCCUAUGGCAACUAUCAAUGUUAGGCUAACCAGCCUAUAGUUCCCAGAUUUCUUUCUUUCUUUCCUUUCUUAAAUAGCAAGGCUAUAUUUGCUACCUACCAGUUCUUGGGAACAGUUCUAGAAUCUAAGGAAUUCUGGAGGAUGGAAACCAAUGCAUCCACACUAUGCAGCUCCCUCUUUUUAAACUCUAGGGUGCUGGUUGUCAGGUCCGCAACUCUGUUGUCAUUUAGUCCCAUUACUACCUCUAAUAUUAUUGAAGUUACACAGAUUCCUUUAAGUUCCUCAAUCAAGACCCCUGGCUCCCCAUUAUUUCUUUAUUUGUUUUUUUUAUCUCGCUGCUUUUUUUUUUUGCAUGCAAAUUGGCUACAGUAUUUGCCUACAAAACAGCAAUGCUUACUUUUCAAAAGUAACUCAUGCUUUGGGACACCCCCGGGGGCAUGAAUGGCACAACGUAAAAGCAAGUUGUUUGUUUUCUUUUCUAAGGAGUGAAUGCAAUUGGAACAAGUGGGGCUGAAGCUGCCCAUUGUGCCACCCUCAUUGCCCAAGGAGCUGAGACUGAGCGACCCAGGCCAUUCUAAUGCCCACUUGACCAUUACUCCAUGUAAAAGAGCCCAAGGUUGCUCCCUUAACCAACGCCAUCAAAAUAGAAGGAUAUUUAUCUUAACUUCUGCUUGCAGGACCUUGCAAUGACUGCCAUGUUUGCUUACAUAACAAUCGUGACUGCACUCCAAAGGAAGAUGAAUUGCUUGAUUGUAAAGAUGCUUUCUCAUAUCUCAAGGUUGAUAAAGUUCCAUAAAAAUACAAAUUCUUUCUUUAA